UUGUUCGUCUGUUGAACUGAACUUAUGCGAAUUCUUCCUUUUGGUAUCCUUUCUUGUCAUAUGUUUUGUGAUACUGUUGCCGUAUAGGCGCCUUGGCGUGAGAUUAAGAGACUUCAGUCCUGCUCGAUAAGGAAGGAUGUUGUCAUUACUGGCAGAGAGUUGGACGUGGUAUGCCUUUGCGACACUGGUUAUUUGUGCCAGAUAUGCAUCAAGAUGGCUUCAACUGGGCUCAUUAAAAGCUUUUGGACCUGAGGAUUAUGUUAUGCUCUGGGUAUUUGGCUUCUACACAUCCCUCGUAGCUAACAUGAAUGUCGUCGCCCAUCUCGAUACGAAUCUCAUGCUACCAACAGAUAUUCCUACUCUCACUCCAGCUGGAAUCGCUUCUCGUAUCCAUGGCUCGAAACUGGUACUUGUCGUGGAACAAUCCAUGAUUAUGACACAAUGGGGAUGCAAGAUCUGUCUAUUACUGCUAUAUAGCAAGUUGACAUUCGGUUUAAAGCAACAGCUUGCUGUCAAGAUUGUCGGUGGUUAUGUGGUUGUCAACUUGAUUGUUAUGGAGAUAUUAUACUUUGGAGUAUGGUGCAGACCAUUCGAUCAGUAUUGGGCUGUACCGGUUGCCAAUGAACAAUGUUCAGCAGCUAUCCAUCACUUGAUCACAAAUGCCGUGUUCAAUAUUUCCUCCGAUAUUAUGAUGCUUUGCAUACCCAUCCCACUACUCAUCAAAUCCCAACUCCCAAGAGCAAAUAAAAUAAUACUCUGCGGCCUCUUCGGUCUAGGUAUCUUCGUAAUUCUCUGCGCAGUCCUAAACAAAUACUACUCUUUCGCCCACCCCUUCUCCCCCAUGUGGGAAUUCUGGUACAUCCGUGAAGCCAGCACCGCCGUGCUCGUAGCAAACAUGCCCAUGUGCUGGUCCCUCAUGCGCCGUAUCUUCAAUCUUCGUGCCUUCUCGGGCUUGUCGUCUUCGAAUGGCCAGCGCUCGAAAUCUCUGCCCAUAGCGACGGUGUACAGUGGUGCGGUCUCGCGUGCGAGAGGCGGCGGGACGAAAGAUGGGUCGAGGGUUAUGGUGUCGAAGGUUGAUCGGAAUGAGACGAGUAAUAGCUGGUGGGAUCGAGAAGGGAGGAUCAGAAGAGUGAGAGUGGGAGUCGGAGUAGUUGAGUGGGAGGUUAUGAUCCAAUGUAUAAUAUGACACGAUACCAUGGGUAGGUUGAUUGCUAGGCUAUUGGGAGGACUUAUGAUCUUUAGGUUGGUUUGGAUAUGUCUAUUUAAAAUGGCUUGGAAUAAAGGAGUAACAGCACUACAACGAAGAGCAACGCAACAAAAUUGUAUUCUACAUACA